CAGCACAGCUCCACAGUACUCUGCCAUUCUAAAUAGUUACAGAAAAAAUGUGAAAAAGUCUUAAUCAGUUUAUGUGGACAUGAGAACCUGUGGGUAAAAUAGGUAAAAGAGAACAACUUCCAGCAAAGAUGAGGCAGAACAUGUUUCAAGAGGGGCUGUACCAAGUUUUUUUUAAGGACACACCUCCGCCCAGCCCCACCACCCAGACCAGUGACACCAGUAAUGAGGAGCUAACAAAUGUUAGGAUUCAUCGUUGGUUUGGGACGGUGGUAAACACAAGGCUUUUACUGACUGGGUUGAUUCAGGUCCUCAGCGCCACGGCUUGCAUCCUGACCACAGUGAGCCAUGCCUGUUUGAGGUACAACUGUUCGGUCACCAUGGUAACUCCUGUAUGGUCAAGCUUAUCUUACAUAGCUGCUGGUUGCCUGGCAGUGGAGGUCCAGCGGAAAGCUAAUAACAUAAAGAUCAUUAUUCUUAUGGCGCUGAAUGUUUUCAGUCUGCUUUUUGGAUUUGCUGCUCUGCUGGCCAAUAGUCUUGCAAAGGUGGAACCUGAAGCCCUGGAUUCAAACCAGCAGCGAGCUGGUUCCAAUGUUGUGAAGGCGAGCUACAUUGUGUUCACCUCUCUGUGUUUCCUGGGAACCGUCUACAUUCUGUUCCUGUGCUGGAGAGGCCUGCGCCGCUACAGUUCUCAUAAUUUGAAGGCCUACACCUGUAUCUCACAGGAUCCCGAGGACACCAAUGGAUUGCUGGUGGAACAAGAAGACCUGAAUCUGUGAAGCCCAGAGGAAUGAAAUCUUCAUAUUAAUUUUAUGAAAACGUUAUUGGCUAAGUUAUUGUUGAAUGCAAAGCACUGUGAGAACCCUGUCAACAUAAUAUAUUUAUAAAAAACAACUAAAUACUACAGUUUCACUUCUAUGGGAUUCUGGAAAAAAACAGAACAAAGUGAUAAUAGGUUAUAAACAGGUUAUGAAAUCUAACGUAAACUAAGGGUUGAUUUUGUUAGUCUCUGCAUAAACCUGUGAGAUAGAGUUUAUUUUCACUCUCCCAGACGUUGCAUCGAUAUAGACACUAGAGGGCAUCAAUGUUGAAGUUGUACGUAGUAACUGAGUAGGAUUCAU